AUCUUUCACUCUAAUUGCAUCUGCCACUAAACCAACAACAGCAACAAACAAUAAUGCCCCCAAAUACUCUCUCUGUGGGACUCCAUUUCAGGCUUGAGUCGAGUCUCCACCACCUCUUGAGUGGAAAUGCAAAUGGCGGCGAGCGCAAGUUGUUGUUCUACCUUCCGAUUCGACUUCCCCUCUGCUUUCUACUCACAAACAAUAAGAAAGAAGCCUUCUGCUCCAUUCCAUCUUUCUACUACUUAUUCCUUUCUUUCUCACUCAACUUGUAAAAUUUCUUCUAUUUUUCGUUCCCAUCAUGUGUAUCCUCCUAUUGUUUCUCGUUUGAAUGACCCUGUAAUUGAUGAUCCAACCAAACACAACAACAUCCCUCAACUUCAAAUUAAAACCUGUAGUUGGAACUGGAGGGGCUAUUCCAUUCGCUAUCAGUAUUCUGGGAACAAUGGCCCUGUAUUAGUUUUAGUUCACGGCUUUGGAGCAAACAGUGACCAUUGGAGGAAAAAUAUUCCAGUGCUUGCAUGUUCCCAUAGGGUGUUCUCAAUCGAUCUUAUUGGUUAUGGUUAUUCAGACAAACCAAAUCCUAGUGACUUUGAAGCUAACUCCUUCUAUACAUUUGAGACAUGGGCUGCCCAGUUAAAUGAUUUCUGUAUUGAUGUGGUCAAAGACAAAGCAUUUUUUAUAUGCAAUUCUAUUGGAGGAGUUGUUGGUCUUCAGGCAGCAGUCAGGGAGCCUGAAGUCUGCACGGGCAUUAUCCUUUUAAAUCUAUCUCUUCGUAUGCUUCAUAUUAAGAAGCAACCAUGGUAUGGAAGACCUCUAAUCAGAUCAUUUCAGAGUUUGUUGAGGAAUACUGCACUUGGCAAAUUUUUUUAUAAAUCUGUUGCCACACCAGAGUCAGUGAGGAGUAUUCUUUGUCAGUGUUACCAUGACACAUCCCAGGUGACAGAUGAAUUAGUUGAGGCUAUCCUUCUUCCAGGACUUGAGCCUGGUGCUGCUGAUGUGUUUCUGGAGUUCAUUUGUUAUUCGGGAGGUCCUCUUCCAGAGGAAUUACUGCCUCAAGUCAAGUGCCCUGUUUUGAUAGCAUGGGGUGACAAGGAUCCAUGGGAACCCAUUGAGCUUGGAAGAGCUUAUGACAAAUUUGAUUCUGUAGAGGAUUUUAUUGUCCUCCCUAACGUCGGCCAUUGCCCUCAGGAUGAGGCACCUCAUCUCGUCAACCCAAUUGUUGAGUCAUUUGUGGCACGACAUGCAACACCCCAAGUUAGUCUGUCCACAAAAGCUACGUGAUCCAUUUCCAGGUUAGUUUGUUGCUGCUGCUUGGUGCACUGAGGAUAUCUUCAAACACUACCUUUUCUGUAGAGAGCACAUGGGAUUGCAACUGUUUACUUCAUGAGGAAUGCUGCCUAUAGUUCAAGCUGAGUUCUUUCUGAACCUUAAAAAGUCUGGGAGCCACACUGAAACAGUUAUGUAUGAGACAUGAUUUGGUAAUCUGUAAAAAGGGUUUAUUACACGUGUUCAUCUAGAGAAGAUUUUUAUCGAUUCUUUCCUUGCUCACUUAAAAUUAUGUACAGAGCUUCAUUUCAAAAUUAAAGUAAUUAACAUGUAUAAAAACCAAUGCUUUGUUUGAUUCAUUGCAAUAAAGUGGAAUAUAAUGAUCAUUUCAUUGGGAGGUUAA